AUGACUUCAAAUUUCGAUGCGGUUCAUCCUGCUGCCGAGCAAGACCAAGGACACCAUGAGCCUCGAUACGUCGAAUUCCCCAUUGCCCCAAAUGACGCCACCUGGGAAGACGGAAAACCGGCUAUGCUUUAUGCUGCAGGUGUUCCUAACGAGGAAAUGAUGCAGAGGAGUCCUCAGGUUGGUGUCGCAUCAGUUUGGUGGGAAGGGAACCCGUGCAAUAUGCACCUGCUAGACUUGGGAAAGACCAUCAAGGAAGCCAUCAAGAAGAAAGGGUAUAUCGCUUGGCAGUACAGCACUUUGGGCGUAUCAGACGGUAUUGCCCAAGGCAACGAAGGCAUGAGAUUCUCUCUGCAGUCACGCGAGCUCAUUGCAGACAACAUCGAGACCAUCACCUGUGCGCAGGCUCACGAUGCCACUGUGGCCAUACCUGGGUGCGACAAGAACAUGCCAGGCUGUGUCAUGGCAGUUGCAAGACACAAUCGUCCAUCAGUCAUUGUCUAUGGAGGCACUGUUGCUGGUGGGUACUGCGAGGUGCUGAAAAAGCCGAUCGACAUUGUCACCUGCUACGAAGCUCAAGGGGCCUACCUGUUCGGCACACUGGGCUCUUGGUCCGACGAUAAGUCUGUCACGCCCGAAGAAAUUCUGUCAUCCAUCGAAAAGGGAGCUGUUCCAGGUCCAGGUGCGUGCGGCGGCAUGUACACUGCGAAUAGCUUGGCUACAAUCAUCGAAACUCUCGGGUUAUCUGUCACUGGCUCAUCGAGUACCCCGGCAGCUUCUCCAAUCAAGAUGAGAGAAGCAGUCAAGGUUGCCGAUGCCAUUGAAGUUUGCUUGCGUCGCAACAUCCGGCCCAGGGACAUCCUCACCAAGGAGUCAUUUGAGAAUGCCCUCGUCAUCACCAUGGCCCUGGGAGGGUCCACAAACUCUGUUUUGCAUACUCUUGCUAUGGCCAGAGCAGCUGAAGUGCCUCUCAGCCUUGAAGACUUCCAACGAGUCUCUCGCAAGACGCCAUUCAUCGCGAACCUGAAGCCGAGCGGCAAAUACGUCAUCGAGGACCUAUUCCACGUCGGCGGAGUACCAUCGGUCACCAAGCUCCUAAUUGCAGGGGGUCUCAUCAAUGGAAAGACUUUGACAGUCUCCGGGAAAACUCUCGAGGAGAACGUUGCCUCUUGGCCAUCCUUGCCCCUUGAACAGGAUAUCAUUCGGCCCCUUUCCAACCCUAUCAAGCCCGCUGGACAUCUCGUUGUGCUACAUGGAAAUAUCGCGCCUGGCGGUGCAGUGGCCAAGAUUACAGGGAAAGAGGGACUUCGCUUCGAGGGCGAGGCACG